AUGCCAACUCAAAAAGAUGUCUACAUUGCUGCUUACGCAAGAACACCUACUGGUGGAUUUAAUGGUUCAUUAGCUUCAUUUAGUGCCACGAAACUAGGAUCUAUUGCAAUUGAAGCUGCUUUAAAAAAAGCAAAUCUCGAUCCUAAUAAGGUAGAAGAAGUGUUUUUUGGAAAUGUUCUAUCGGCUAAUCUUGGUCAAAAUCCGGCUCGUCAAGCUGCAUUAGGUGCUGGACUUCCUGACACAGUAAUUGCUACUACUGUUAAUAAAGUUUGUGCAUCAGCUAUGAAAGCUGUUAUUUUAGGUGCACAAACUAUUAUUACUGGACACGCUGAUAUUGUAGUCGCUGGUGGAUGUGAAUCCAUGACCAAUACUCCUUAUUAUGUCCCUAAGGCUAGAUUUGGUUCUAAAUAUGGUGAUCAAACACUUGUGGAUGGAAUUGUUAAAGAUGGUUUAACUGAUGUAUAUAAUAAUUAUCUUAUGGGAAUAGCUGCUGAAGAAUGUGCAGUUGAACAUAAUAUUAGUCGUGAAGAACAAGAUGACUUUGCAAUUUCUUCUUAUCAACGGGCACAAGCAGCUUUUUCUGAUGAUUGUUAUUCUGAUGAAAUUGUUCCUAUAACUGUUUCUGGUGGUAGAGGAAAACCUGAUAAAGUAAUUACACAAGAUGAUGAAAUCACUAAUAAUGGAACAGUUACUGCACCUAAUUCAUCUCCAUUAAGUGAUGGUGCUGCCGCUAUCGUUUUGAUUAGUGGAGAAAAAGCUCAUGAAUUAGGGAUUAAAAUUAUUGCCAAGAUUUCUGGUUGGGCUGAUGCUGCUCAGGUUCCAGCUAAAUUUACAACAACACCUUCACUUGCCAUUCCAAAAGCCCUGAAGAAUGCGGGAGACAUACCAAUUUCAGAAGUCGAUUAUUUUGAAAUUAAUGAAGCAUUUUCUGUUGUGGCAGUUGCCAACACUAAAUUACUUGGAUUAUCAAAAGAAAAAGUAAAUGUAUUUGGAGGAGCGGUAGCAAUGGGGCAUCCAUUAGGAUGUUCAGGUGCAAGAAUUAUUUGUACAUUGAUUAGUGUAUUAAAGAAAAAGAAUGGUAAAAUUGGAGUUGCAGGAGUUUGCAAUGGAGGUGGUGGUGCUAGUGCUAUAGUUGUAUCCCUUAUGUAA